GCCUAUAGGGUUGAUAUUACCUAUCAACAAGCAUCGCGUGCAAAGGCACAUGCUUUAGAGAUGUUAAGAGGUAAACCUAUUGAUGAAUAUAGGCAAAUACCUAUAUACAUCCAUAUGCUAGAUACCGUGUAUCCAAAUUCGUACAUAGCAGUGCAAAAGUCACUAAGCGAUGAGUUCAUGUAUCUAUUCAUAGCUUUAAAGCCAUUGAUGAGGGGGUUUCAGUUUUGCAGACCUGUAGUUAUUGUUGACGGUGCUCAUUUUGAUGGACCUUAUAAAGGAAUAUUUAUAUCAGCUAACACACUUGAUGGGUCAGGUAUUACUUUUUUCUAUUGUUAGGUAUUGAAUAGCAAUGUAUCAUCUUAUUUAAUAUAUUUAUUGUGUAUCUGAUGUACUAUACUAACUAUGUUUUGGCUAAGAAUUAUUUUUAGAUUGCAUAUUGCCAUUAGCGUAUGGUGUUGUUGAUACAGAAAAUGAUUUAUCAUGAUCGUGAUUUUUUCAGUAUUUCAGAGAUGCAUUUUGUGAGAGGGACAAUAUGUGUGUUGUAUCAAAUAGGAACGAAAGCACAAUGAAGAGUGUUGUUGCUUCAUCAGAAUAUCUAUAUUCUUUUUAUGAAUCAGGAAGAAGAUACAUGUUGUGUCUUGAAAGAAAAAUAUGCAAUUGUGGAAGGAUUCAACUAGAUGAAAUACCAUGUCUACACGCAAUUGCAGCGUUGACGAGCAAAAAUAUUACAGACAUGCACCUAUACUGCUCUGGUUACUACACGCCAGAGGCAUCGACAAUUACUUAUAAAUUGCCAAUGGUUUCAAUGCCAGAUAAGAAAGAUUGGUCUGUUUUGAAAGAAAUUUUGAAAGAGUCGUCUUGCUACCAAGUUACAAAAAGAUUCCAGGAAGAAAAAGUAACUCCAGUAAGAAGCUAAGUACGAGCAUAAACUGUUGUGAUAGCUGUGGCCAUGAAGGACACAAUAGAAUGACUUGUAAUUUCAUUCUCAAAGAGAAAUGAUACUUUGAUUUUUGCCAAGAUACAUUCAAUUUGGAUCAAGUACUUAUGUAUCUGGUACUUUUUUUAUAAUAAAAUAGUUCUUUUUAUAAUAAAA